AUGAAUGACAGGGAUAAAAGGAGAAUUGUGCAGAGUUUGGUAGUUGACUGGAAGGCAGAUAUCAUAUGCCUCCAGGAGACUAAACUAGAGGGGGACAUUAGAGAUAUUGUCAAACAAGUGUGGGGAGGAAGAUGGAUCAAAUUUGCUUACUUGGAGGCUAGUGGCACUAGAGGGGGUAUCAUGAUGAUGUGGGAUUGCAGAAGCUGGAAGGGGGAAGUUUUGGAAAUUGGCAGCUAUACUUUGACGUGCAAGUUUGAAGCACAACUUCAGAACUUUUCAUGUCAUAUAACUGGGGUCUAUGCUCCAAAUAACUACAUCGAAAGAAGGACAGUGUGGGACGAGGUUGGUGCAGUCCGGGGAUUGAUGGAAGGGCCUUGGGCUGUUUGUGGAGACUUUAAUGUCGCCAGAUUCAUCUCAGAAAAAAGAAAUUGUAGGAGAAGAACAAGGAGUAUGGUGGAAUUUUCUGAUUUCAUUGAAGACAUGAACUUAAUUGAUCUACAAUUAGAAGAUGGUAACUACACAUGGUUCAAAGGGGAUAAUCAAGAUAGAGCUUCCAAAAUUGAUCGGUUCUUGAUUUCUGAGGAGUGGGAUGACAGUUUUAGUAAUAUAAAACAGAUUCCCCUACAAAGAUUAGCAUCUGAUCACAUUCCACUAGCUUUAGAGGGGGGCACGUGGAACAGGAGCAAAAACUAUUUCAAGUUUGAGAACUGGUGGCUAGGAACAACUGGUUUCAAUGACAGAGUCCAAGAAUGGUGGAGCUCUUUCAGUUUUUCAGGCAUGCCUGACUAUGUACUGGCUUGUAAAUUAAAAGCUCUCAAAUCAAAACUCAAGGACUGGAGCAGAAGUGAGACAGGAAAUCUGGGUCAUCAAAGGAAGAAUCUGUUAAGCCAAAUGGCAGAACUGGAUGAGGUGCUAGGAGACAGAGUUUUAACAGAGGAAGAAACUGUAAAGAAGGCAGCACUGUUCAUGGAGUACGAGGAGUUGAUAAAAAAUGAGGAAAUCUCAUGGAGACAAAAAUCUAGGGCCUUAUGGUUGAAAGAAGGUGACAGGAACACAAAGUUUUUUCACAAAGUGGCAAAUGCACAUAAAAGAUUCAACAAUAUUCACCAACUGAUGAUCCAAGGAGAAUUAACAGAGGAGCCAGCUAGAAUAGAAGAGGAAAUUAUUGAUUACUAUCAGAAACUGUACAAAGAAACUACUCAGUGGAGACCUACAUGCCAUUAUGACAAUUGCCCAGUCUUAUCUGAGGAGGAUAAGGAUUCUCUACAAGGUAGCUUUGAUGAGAGUGAAGUGCUAAGGUGUUUGAAGUUGUGUGCAAUAGAUAAAGCACCUGGGCCGGAUGGCUUUACUAUGGGUUCUUCAUCAAGUGUUGGGACAUAG